AGGGGAAUUGCAUAUUUCUGAUAUUUGUUAUAAAGUUUAUAAAUUGAUCUGCCUUUUAGAAUUCCAUAUAAACCAAAUCGUUUAUAAAGAUGUAAGUGGGGAAUAGUGUUUGUUAAUCAUAUAUCUUUCCUUUCCAUCUUUAUCAAUUAGAUAAACUAAGAUAUUUUUUCUUGCAAUUGGACAUUUCGGCGACACUAUUGGUAGAUUCAUCAAGGAGACGUAGCACAGCGCAGAAGAAAGAAAGAUGACGACACUUACUUGUCUUGUAGCAUGGUUAUUUCUGUAUCUUUUUGCAGUUUCGUCGUUAUCACUGUGCAGUAUUAACAGAGAUUCGAGAGAGGAUGCCAAGGAUGGACAUGCAAUUGGAGAGUCUGACCAGCCUCCUGCUAAUAUUAAGAACCCUAAUGGUGAAAUAGAAAUGCAUUUAAGCACUGAUGAGGUCGUGAAGGAAGAGAAGGUUGGAGGCAUCACAGAGAAUCAACAUCAACAAGACUCCACUAAACAAAAGAAUUCAGGUGUUUUGUCAUCAGAAACUGUUUAUCAGGAUGUGCAGAAUGAACCACCAAUAGACCCUAAACCAUCACCGAGAGAGCAAAAACAUGAUCAGGAUGAGAGCAGAGAAAAAGACAUUGUCAUUCCAGAUGAUGAUGACAGCCCCACCGAUAAUGACCCUAUGCCUGUUAACAAUGAUAUGGAUGGUUCAUCUGAGGACGGACUGAUUAAACAGGAUAUAUCUGGGGAUAAUGAAAUCACAGAAGAUGUCGAAGAGGACAGUCAACAAAGAGAGCUUGCACAAGCAGAAGCAGAGGAAGAUGAAAUAGACAAAAGUGAAGAAAAACAUUUAGAUGGAGAUCCAAACCAGGAUCAAGAAUCGAGUGCGGAAGAUAUAUCAACAGAUACCACAAAAGAGCCAGACCCUGGUGAGAAAUCAGUAGAUGCCAAGACAGAGGUAGUUGAUGAAAAUACAGAGGAAGAAGGAGCAAAUGUGUCGGCCGAUGACUCUCAUUUAGCUGAUAAUUUGGAAGAAAUAAGGACAGAUGACAAGAAAGACAUCUUAAAAGAACAGCCCAGCAUGGAAACCUUUGAAGAAACAGGUGAAAGAAAAUUACCUGGGACUGGUGAAGAUGAAGGAGAAGAGAUAGAGAUUGAUCAGCAGAUAGAUGAGGAAAUCGCGGGGGAUAAUGUAGUGGAACAAAAAGACGAGGAGGAGAAAAAGACAAAGGAAAGGGGGAAGGAAGAGGAGACAGAACCGGAAGAAAAAGGAGGUGAGAAAUCACUGGAUGUAAAGCGAGGCUUAGAUGAGAAAGACAAAGAAACAAUGGAUGACAAAGAUGAAGAAUUAAAACAAGAUCAAGAGGAUAAGACAGAAGAUGAGAAAAGGUCUGAAGUUGAUUCUGGAGAGGGGAUCAAACCUACCGAGGAAGAAACCAAAUCUAAUGCGACAGAUCAUGAUGUGAUUAAAACUGAUGAAAUGCCAUCCUAUGAUGAGUGGAGGGAAAAGAAGUUACAACAAGCAAAGGAAGACUUUGAUAGAGAAUUGGGUCAAGGUGAGAGAAAUCCUGCGCCCGCUCCAAAGUUCAACUUGAAUGAAAACAGUAAGAACCAUGCAUCGGCUGACUGCGGAUCAAAGAUACUUGGAACCAAUCCGGAAGCCCAGAGCCCUUCGGCUAUUCUCAACAGCAAUAGGGACAUCUAUAUGAUCAACCCUUGCUCAGCCAAAAGUAUAUGGUUUACUGUAGAGUUAUGUGAGCCUAUCCAGGUAAAACUGAUAGAGCUUGCCAACUAUGAACUCUUUUCUUGUGUUCCUGAGAGCUUCAAAGUCUCAAUAAGUGACAGGUACCCAGUGAGAGAGUGGCAUCAGCUAGGUACGUUCGUAGCUCGCGAUGAACGAUCUCUUCAGAACUUCCCUCUUAAUGAAGAAACCAUGUUUGCCAAGUACAUGAGGAUUGAGAUGCUUACUUUCUUUGGCUCGGAACACUUUUGUCCUCUUAGUGUGCUCAGAGUAUUUGGUACAAGCAUGGUGGAGGAAAUUGAUGAUGCAGAGGGAGUCGACUCGGCAUCUUCAACAGAACAAGAUGUGCUUCCCGUACAUCCGACACCAUUACCUGAAGAUCUCAAGGGUAAUGGUAUUCUGGACCACGCCAAGGAUGCGGUCUUCAAGCUGGUAGAGAAAGCUGCUAAAGUUCUAACAGGCUCCAAGUCAGACGGGGAGGCGGACACUGAUAAGAGUGCUGAUGAUAUUGGUGAAGAGAUGCCAAUGGAUAGAAACUUUUCCGAUGGCAAAGUGAAAGAAGAUGGCACUCAAGGCUCUGACAAGGAGAGUGAACCUCAUAAUGACAGGUGUAACGGACAAGAAGUUUGUUUCCAAGAGAACUAUGCCACCGCAUCACAACAUUGCUGCUUUAGUCUCCUCGCCCAAGCUGCUGGAUCAAUCCUUUUAUGUUGCAAGGCACUGAAACAAAGACCUAAACCUAUCAAACCAGGAGGAGAGACUGUUGAGGAGACUAGCAAUCUUCUUCUGCCUAGUCAAGUACCGAUGGAAGUGAUUCAGACAAAGAUUGAAGAUACAAAAGACAAGAUAGAGGCCAGUAUUCAGACGUCGAUAGUCUUAGAACCAACCCCACCUGACAUUUACCAUGGAGAAGACAAGAAAAUAGAAUCCAGCUCUCCCCCUUCGAUUGUCUUCCCAUCAACGGAUGUCGCACGGCCUAUCAAAAGUUCACGUUCGGAGAUAUUAGCCACGAAGACCAAGACGAAGCAGAUACUCCAUACAUCAUUAGACCAAACACAAAAUAUGAUGGAUGUUGGAGGUGAGAUUAAUAGGUUGCCGAGUGAAGAUAAGGAGAAUAAAUCUGAGAUAAGUGUUGAACCAAAACCAGUCCCUCUCCUUAAAGAUUCUGUAACAGAGGAAAAAACAAAAUCGAAAAACAAGAGCAUAGAUGUUGAAGUUGCGAGUGCUUCUGAGUCAAAUAAAUCAACUAAUAUCAGCCAUGAUGUUCCACCCAUUGAAACCAUCACAAGACCUGAAUCGGAAGAAAAGGAACAGCCUCCGGUACAAACUUCUGACAAAGACGCCAUCAAGGUGAAUGCUGCAGUAGGAACAACAAAACCAUCCAGUCAACAAAUAGCCAAGUCAGAAAUUGAUAGCAAUGUCUCAGAAGAACUUGAGGACAAAGGUUCCCCACCUGUAGCUGAUACCAUCAAAGAAGAGAAUGGUGCUAAUACGACAAAUAAAAUUCAAGAAUCAAAACGGGAAGUGAACGAAUCAACAAAGGUAACCCAACCCAGCACGCUUGGUGAGAAACCAACGUCUCUGGCCAAUAACAGUAAGUCUACAGCGGCGGCGGCAGAUGUGGGGAAUGGGUCGUUCUCUCCAAGUGCUUCAAGUUUAGGUUCCCUUCCCCAUGGUGUUCAGAAGGAGUCCGUACUGAUGAGGCUGAAUAACCGUAUCAAGACACUUGAAAUCAAUAUGUCGCUGAGUGGAUUGUAUCUCGAGGAACUCAGUCAGAGGUAUCGCAAGCAGAUGGAUGAAAUGCAGAAGGCUUUUAAUACGAAGAUCAAAAAUGUACAAGAUAAUGCCCAGAAAGCACAGGAGCUUAGACAACAGCAAGUAGAAUACAUUCAGCAGCUUGAGAAGAAAUUGGAGAAGAUGACAACAGACCUUGAGAAUGUGACUCACAGAAUGGAUGGAAUCCUGAGAGAGGUUGUUGAGCGUCAUCUCUUUUUGAUGCUGUGUGAGGUAGUCGUCAUGGUGAUCGUCUUCAGCUACUGUCUACGAAGGUCUUCCUCACAAUCAUCUCACGGCAUCAACACGUCUGUUGGCAUGGCAACCAAGUCAAGUGGUAAGAAGCCUGUUGAGGAGACUGGGAGAAGGAACUCAGAUGGUCUGCUCCAUGUGCCUAUGAGGGACAAGAUCUCCUUGAGUCCUGGAUUGGGACCAGGACUCGGCUUCAUGAAAGAUGUCGGAAAAACAGGCAGCCUGGAUGAUUUGUUGAUCAUAGGACCCACGACCCCUCUCAGGGAGGCUCUUAGACAGGCAUCUGAGCCAUCCAAGCAGAGAAACCGUCACAAGAACAAGGGGAGGAAUAAAAACAGCCAAAGGCCAGCUUCUGCAGCCUCUGCAACCUCCACAGAGAGUGUUCCUCAGGAUCUUGUCUCCUCGUCUUCAAACUCCUCUAUAGCCUCCAGCUUUUCAUUGUCCUCGACGUCAAGCACCAAGGGACUAUCGUCAUCGGCAACCUCUAAGCAAUCGACGUCAGGACCGUCAACAUCCGGCAACAGGGGAUUGCCGUCGGCAGCGAACUCUAGGCAUUCCACAGCGGGACUUCUAUUUCGGGGUUCUGCUCCGGUGAAGAAGGGAUCACAAGGGGGGAUGGGUGGACACCAACAGCCACAGAGGGAUGUGCCCGAGAACAUUGGACAGAUGAAUGGAGAGUAUCAGGGUCAUGCAGGAGGAGGAGGAGGGGGUAAGAAAAACAACCAGUGCAUUAACGGCUAUAGCAAAAGGUGAUGAUUGAAAGAAGUUACCCAGAAAAUGUCCAUGCCUGUCCUUAAAGGGCUGUUCUUCCUGGACGUUUCAGCCACUGUAUGCCAACAUACUGUAUAUGUGGUCAGCCUUUUUCUCCUUGAAACACAUUAUUUUUUUAUUGACAAGAAUCGCAUUUCAUUAAAAACAUAAAAUAUCAAGUAGUCAAAUGAUUCCUUUGAUGAAUCAUUUUGUUUUAACAUAAGGCAAAUCUCGAUACUUUUAUCAAGAAAUGGCAUGAAUAAAAUGGCUUGCCGCGACCAGUGUAUGUCGGCACACACUGGCUAAAACAUUCAGGUGUGAUUACCCUUUACCUGAGUUUUAGCAAGAGCAGAAAGCUAAGACCUUUGCUAGUUGUUAAAUUUAUUACAAAAGCUUUCAACAAAUGCCUGCUUUGCAAGGGUGUUACAUGUACCUUA